GGACACGGUACUGAGGACCACUAUGCACGCGCAUCUUUACCUGUCUGUGUUUACCUGCUCACACAGAGGAGGAGGAGGAGGAGGAGGAUGGCGCCAGUGUCAGAUGUGGAGGUGGAGGUGUCGGACAGAGGAGGGAGGAGGAGGAGAAGAGGAGGAGCUCUGUCUCUGGACGACUGUCGCUGUCCGGUGUGUCUGGAGAUCUUCAUGGAGCCAGUGACUCUGCCAUGCACACACACCUUCUGCAAGGCGUGCUUCCUGGAGUCGGUGGAUAAAGCCACGCUGUGCUGUCCGCUGUGCAGGAAGAGAGUUUCGUCGUGGGCUCGUCUGAACAGCAGGAACAACUCUCUGGUGGACCAGCAGCUCUGGGAUCAGAUCCAGACCUGCUUCCCUCUGCAGUGUCAGCGCCGCCUCAACGGGCAGGACGCCGCCGAGGACGAGCCGGGAGUCUCGGUGUGUUUCCGCAGAGUGAGUCAGCCUGGAGAGGUGAAGCAGGAAUAUGAGGACCAGGUCACCAAACUGACGGAGGAGAAGCGAGUUCUGGACGAGGAGGAGAGGAGGGCCAGUGAGGAGUACAUCCAGAGACUGCUGGCUGAGGAGGAGGAGCUGCUGCAGGAAGAGACGAGGAGGCGCCAAGACGAUGAGAGACUGGCCAGACUGCUCAGCAGCCAGCUGAACUCGGCUCCCGUCUCUCAGGAGAUCGUUGUCCCAGCCAAGAAGAAGAAGGUCAGCGGGGGACUGAUGGAGAAGUUUCUGUGUCCUCUUCAAUCCACCGGCGGCUCCAGAGACGUGGGCUUCAUGUCCAACAAGGAGAACAUCCUCCUCUCUCAGGUGAAGCUGCAGGUAGCGCCCCCCAAACUGGAAUACUACGGACAGACGGACAAAUUGCAUCCUCCAUCAGCCUCAGUGAAGGUCCAGGUUCACCCCCCGACCCACCGGAGCCACAUGAUUGGAGACGGAUCGGAUCCUCCGUCAGCUUCAGUGGAGGUCCAGGUUCACCCCCCGACUCACCGGAGUCACAUGACUGGAGACGGAUCGGCCAAGAGGAAGAGCUCGGAGCUGGAGACGUCAGAGGAAGAGGAGGAGACGGUCACCAAACGGGGCUGUCACUCCAUUCCUUCCUCCUCUUCCUCUUCCUCCUCCUGUCUGGAGGUCGGGGGGGCGGCCUUGUUGGGGAUGGCUGAAUUGGAGGCGGAGCUUCUGAGCAGACAGCGGCAGGAGGAGGAGGACCGGCGGCUAGCUUUGCUCCUGCAGAAGGAGCUGGACCAGGAGGAGAAGCAGAGAGCCACCGACAGACGCAGAGGAUCCUCUGACCCGUACCUCCUCCGCCAGAACAGCAGACGGGAGGUGGAGGCUGGCAGCUCCGACACACCCACCAGACCCUCCAGAAGGAUGCCAAAGACCUCCACCCCCUCCUCUGUAAAGGCGUCCUCCUCUGCUUCCUCUGUAAAGACAAAAGAGACCUCCUCCUCCUCUGUAAAGACCUCGUCCUCCACCUCCUCCAGUCCCUGUAACAGAAGCAGGAAACAGGCCACUCUGACCGAGAUGUUCUCCAGCCUGAGCGGCUGAACUCUCUCCUUCUGUGUCCCAGUACAGCUGAGCCUGAAAUGUCCUAAACAGGCCACCAUACGGGGAAUCUCCCUUUUUAAUUUAGGAUACCAAAUGAACUUCCUCUGAUUAGUCCUGAUUGGUAGCAGAGUGAAGGAUAACAGAAGUCUCCAGCAGUAGUUUCUGGUGAGACUGUAAACACUGGAGAUCUUCAGUGACCUGCAGUGAGUUUGACUUUUCUAAGAAAUAAACGUUUCUAAAAACA